CGCCGAGGAGAGCGGCGGCCCCGGACGGCUGCCGGAGGGGCGGCCGCGCGUGGAUGCGGCGGGAGCCGGAAGCCUCGAGCAGCCGGCGCCGUCUCUGCCCCUGGGCGCCCUAUGGCUUGAAGAGCCUGGCUACCCAGUGGCCCCGCUGCUCCCAUGGAUCCGCUGAACCUGUCCUGGUACGAUGACGAUCUGGAGAGCCGGAACUGGAGCCGGCCCUUCAACGGGUCCGAAGGGAAAGCCGACAGGCCCCACUACAACUACUACGCCAUGCUGCUAACCCUGCUCAUUUUCGUCAUCGUCUUCGGCAACGUGCUGGUGUGCAUGGCCGUGUCCCGCGAGAAGGCGCUGCAGACCACCACCAACUACCUGAUCGUCAGCCUCGCUGUGGCCGACCUCCUGGUGGCCACGCUCGUCAUGCCCUGGGUGGUCUACCUGGAGGUGGUGGGCGAGUGGAAAUUCAGCAGGAUCCACUGUGAUAUCUUUGUCACUCUGGACGUCAUGAUGUGCACGGCAAGCAUCCUGAACCUGUGUGCCAUCAGCAUCGACAGGUACACAGCCGUGGCCAUGCCCAUGCUCUACAACACACGCUACAGCUCCAAGCGCCGAGUCACCGUCAUGAUCACCAUCGUCUGGGUCCUGUCCUUCACCAUCUCCUGCCCGCUGCUCUUCGGACUCAACAACACAGACCAGAACGAAUGCAUCAUCGCCAACCCCGCCUUCGUGGUCUACUCCUCCAUCGUCUCCUUCUACGUGCCCUUCCUCGUCACCCUGCUGGUCUACAUCAAGAUCUACAUCGUCCUCCGCAGGCGGCGCAAGCGGGUCAACACUAAGCGCAGCAGCCGGGCUUUCAGGGCCAACCUGAAGGCCCCGCUCAAGGGCAACUGCACUCACCCUGAGGACAUGAAACUCUGCACCGUUAUCAUGAAGUCUAAUGGGAGUUUCCCUGUGAACAGGCGGAGAGUGGAGGCUGCCCGCCGAGCCCAGGAACUGGAAAUGGAGAUGCUCUCCAGCACCAGCCCGCCCGAGAGGACCCGGUACAGCCCCAUCGCGCCCAGCCACCACCAGCUGACCCUCCCCAACGCAUCCCACCACGGCCUCCACAGCACACCUGACAGUCCUGCCAAACCAGAGAAGAACGGACAUGCCAAAGACCAUACCAGGAUUGCCAAGUUCUUUGAGAUCCAGACCAUGCCCAACGGCAAAACCCGGACCUCUCUUAAGACCAUAAGCCGCAGGAAGCUCUCCCAGCAGAAGGAGAAGAAGGCCACCCAGAUGCUCGCCAUUGUUCUCGGCGUGUUCAUCAUCUGCUGGCUGCCCUUCUUCAUCACCCACAUCCUGAACAUACACUGUGACUGCAACAUCCCACCCGUCCUGUACAGCGCCUUCACGUGGCUGGGCUACGUCAACAGCGCCGUGAACCCCAUCAUCUACACCACCUUCAACAUUGAGUUCCGCAAGGCCUUCCUGAAGAUCCUACACUGCUGACCCAGCUGCCCACCUGCACAGCAGCCUGCUUCCCAACUCCCUGCCCAGCGGCCCUGCCUCGGGCCCUGGGAGCCGUGGGCAGGGUGACACAGGGCAGACUCGGCCUUCUCCUCGCCCGCAGGCCCUGCGGCGUUAGCUUGGCUCCACGGCCCUCACUGACCGCACACCCUCGCUCUACCAGGGCAGUGCUAGAGAGCCAGGCACGGUGCCAGCCCUCGGGCCGGACCCCUGGCUCAGAGGCAGCUCACGGAGCCCCCUCCCACUUCCAGACCCUCUCUCCUUGGCACCAAAGACACAGCCGCCUUCUCUGACCUUUCUCUGGGGCUCUGGGGUUGCUGGGCCAGUGUCAAAGCUCAGAGGCCAUGCUGGCCUGGUCUUCACAGGCCUGUGCUGGAGCGGGCAGUGGGGAGCGAUGGACAGUUCACACCCCCCAAGGCCUACACCAGGGAAGCCAGAGCUCUUGCCAAGGCCCCAGGCAACUUCAGGCC